AUGUCGGCCGCGCAAGAGGGGCCGGUGUUUGCUGCGGUUGGGUCAGCUCUAACGCCGCAGUGCGCUACGAUGCCCUUCCGGGAACUUGCCAUGACUGCUUGGUCCUCCGGCAAUGCUGCAUCCCGCCAUGAAGCUGCGAUGACUGCUGCUGGAACUGCAGCUCUUACUGCGCUUGACCACACAGCCUUUGAAAUCUGUGGCCGUGGCGCGGAAGAGGCCUGCCCAGUUGAGAUGGUAGCGGCCCUGGCUGGCUCACUCAAGGAGCUUGAUGCCCUGCCAGAGGAGUACAUGGAUCGGGCGUCGUCGGCCAUCCGCAAGGCUGCUGCAGAGGUUGAAGGAGUCAGGAUGCCGGCGGCGAUCGAGCCUGAUGAUACUUUCAGUGACACGCCUGCCGUGCUGGCGGUUGGGAGAGAGCUCCUUGCCCUAUGGAAGCCCACUGGGUGGGUGGUCAAUGUGCGAAGGGAAGUCUCGGCAGGCUUUGCCGCCGAAGAGGACAUGCUCAGCGAGAACCUGACCGACCAAGCCAGGGCCGCUUCUGGCACAGUGGCUGGCUCAAAGCUUGGGAUCCAGGUCACCGAUCUCCGCGGACCCGUCUGCACAGCAUGGCAUCCUCCACCGCCUGGACGUGGAGACCUCUGGACCCUUGCUGUGCGCAACCAGCUACAGCGGCUAUGCCCUGGCGGUGCUGCAGUUUGGUGCCAGAUGCGUCAUCAAGGAGUAUCUCUGCCUUUGCUGCGGCUGGCUUUCUCCGCAGGUCAAGAUGCUGGAUCACCCGUUGCUCUACGGCGAACGUCAAGCUGCUGA